CAAAUGUCAAAAUAUUUAUAAACACUCCAAACAAAAAACAAUAUUUUGGAAGCAAAUAAUAUUCGAAAUUGUUAGUAAUAGAACGACUUAAUUUAUCUAAAAUGUGGUCGUUCAUUGCAAAGAAUAAAAACGACAUCAUAUACUUAUCUUUGCUAUUAUUCAGUGUGUUUAUCGGACCUUAUUACAGAAAGCUAAGCACAGUAGAUUCAAAGAAAUGGGCCGGCUCUAUUUUGGGCAUUGUUUUAAUAAUUAUCGUCUCGGGAUACAGCGCAGCACAUCCCAUAUUAUCGGCUCUGUCUGGUAUAAUUGCGAUUAAGUCGACACCGAUUAAAUCAUGCCAUGUCUUUACAUUCUUCUUCAUGUUUGGAUAUCUAUUCUUCUUCCGAUUAUCCAAUAAAUUUGGUUUAAAAGGUUCAUCUGGACAAACAAAUCUUAUUGAAAUGAUCAUAGUCUUAAGAGUGGUUGGUGUCGCUUUUGAAAUGAACGGCUCUUGGUUAGCCAUGGCGAAGGCCAAGAAAGUGGAACAGAAGGUUGCAGAGAAGGAAUCUGAAGAGAAACCUCUCAAAGAUGAUGAUUUUGUGGAGUUGAUAAAUCCUGAGUUCAUUGACCUGUUCCAUUAUUGCUUUAAUUACAUAGGAUUGUUAACAGGUCCAUAUUACAGAUAUCGUACCUUUGAUGAUUACUUCAGAUUGCCAUACAGCAAAUAUGUGGAUUGUUUUGGCUUUACAAUCAAUACUUUGAAAAUUGUGCCAUUGUAUAUUUCACUUUAUUUGGCUCUCUCAAAUGUAUGGCCUCUUGACUACAUUCUUACGGAAGAUCACAACAACCGACAUUUCCUGUACAGAAUGAUGUAUCCAUGGGUGUUAUUUGCCGCCUUUCGACAACGUAUCUACUCAGGCAUGACGCUUGCAGAGAGUGUGUGCACGUCCGCAGGCCUCGGCGCUUACCCGGUGCAGGGGAAGAAUAGAUCCGGACAUGGCCCCACUGUUGGCUAUUUGAAGUUGAAACAGAUGUCUGAAGAAGAGGCUAGAACAGCACAGUAUGACUUCAAAACCAUUGAAUGUAUGGACGUGUGGGGAUGUGAAACAGUGGUAACAUUGCGAGAUUCCAUGAAAGUGUGGAACAAGGCUGUGCAGUAUUGGGUCGCUAUGGUGGUGUACAAGAGAUUCCCUGUUACUGCUUUGAAAAUCCAUGCAGCAUUGUUUGUAUCAGUCAUAUGGCACGGUUUCCACGCCGGAUAUUUCUUCUGCAUCUACUUCUGCCCGUUCUACUUAAUGGCCGAGGAUAUUUACUUCAAGCUCUACUACAAGGAUGCUACAGGAAUUAAAAAGAAAAUCAUUGGCUUUAUCAUGUGGUUUCUACGAUCACAUUCGGAAUCGUACCAAGCGGCGGCGUUCCUUCUAUUAACCUUUGACCGUAUUUGGAUCUACUACUCCUCAAUGUACCACUACUGGUACGGAGUUUGGCUUGCGUUUUUGAUACUUGGAUUGAUACUGAAAAAGGUACGAAAUAUGUUGAAUCCUAGAAUAUCGAAAACGGGUGAUAGUACUGAAGUUAAAGCUCAGUGAAAAAACUAGUUUUUAGAAUUACAUGACCUUUGGAUGAUUUUAAAAAAUAAUCUUAAAACCUUUGACUGUAUUAUUGUAAAUAAUACAGAAGGUAGUCUUCGUCAAUUAAGAUGUUUUAUAAAACAGUAAAUUAAAAAAAUUACAAAAACCGUACAGUUAUAUCAGAAGCUGGCGAUCGAAAGAAGACUUGGAUAAAUACUAGCAGAAAUUUAAAAACUUAGAAAUAGCAUCAACCCACACAAGAAAAGGUAUUUAAGUAUUUUGUUCUUUUUAUUUUACAUAAAAUACUUCGGUGAUGCAAUUUCUGGUGUACUUUAAGAGCUCAAAAUAAGCAAGAAAAUUCGUUCGCCAGUUUCUCCAUUUUUCGAUGUGACUUAAAAGUAUUGUAUGUAACAUAUUUUGUUCAACAACUAAUUUUUAUUCAAUUUGAAAUCAGUCGUAAGAUUAAUUUAUUUACAUAUUUAUUAAUUAGGUUAUUUUAUAACUAAGCUAAUAGGCAUUUUUGUUGGUACAUAACAAGUACGAUAGUAAAAACGUUUAUGAAUUAUUUUUUAGGUUUACAAUUUUUUAUUUAGUUUCUAUUAUAUUAAAAUUAAUGAAAGAGUACUAUUAUUUAAGAGGAUUGUGGUGACGGAUAUUUAAAUGGGAAAGGGAACAGUAAAAAAAUAAGGGCUUAUUUUUCAUAAUGUUGUAUAUUCAUAUAUUUUUUUGCAAUUCAAAAAGGAGUAAACAAGCAAAUACAGUUAACUCAGUUUCGAUUGAUACUAAAUUAAAACUUAGUUGCGACGCUACUUCGCUUUCUUGAUCAAGUGAGAUGAGCAGUGACCGCUAUAAACCAUAGUCUCCCAGUGCGCGGGAGGCAUAAGGCUCUUAUGGACAUGACCUGAAGUGGCAGUGGGCAGACGUGUUCUGGAGUGGAGACCGCGUAUCAGCAAGCGCAGCGUGGGACGACCUCCGACCCGCUGGACAUACUAAGAGGAUAGCGGGAAGUGGGUGGAUGAGGAAGGCAGAGGAUCGUGUGUGGUGGCGCGCUCUUGGGAAAGCCUAUGUCCAGCUGUGGACACAAACAGGCUGUUUGAUUGAUUGGCCACGACCUUGAGUUAUAAAACCCAUUACGCACGGUCGACUAGUCGCCCAGAAACUCAGUCGACGGCCACCGUUAGAAUCUCUAAUCUAUAUAAAUUAGAGAUUCUAACGGUCACCGUCAACCAAGUUGCCGGGCGACUGGUCGACCGUGCGUAGUGAGUCUAAAGAAAGCGACCAAAAAGGAAAGUAUAGACAAUAUUUGUUAUUAGUGAUAUAGGUUUAAAACGAUUGAAAAAUUAGCCCCGAAUGGAUUAGGGUAGAUUAGGAAAAAAAACUGCUAAGAAAAGGCUGGUGUGCUCAAUUAUUUUUUAUCAUUACGGGACAUGGGACUGAUAAUGAUGUAUGAAAUGAAAUAAAUAUGUAAUUGAUAUAUGUAUUAUCUAAUUUUAUACUUGUUUCAACUAUAGAGCCUGCAUAGAGCCUCAAUAGCUCAACCGGUAAAGGAGCGGACUGAAAACCGAAAGGUCGACGGUUCAAACCCCGCCCGUUGCACUAUUGUCGUACCUACUCCUAGCACAAGCCUGACGCUUAGUUGGAGAGGAAAGGGGAAUAUUAUAAUUAUUAAGUAGCUUACUUGAUUAAUUGACUACAAAACUAAUAGAAAUAAUAAUUUAUUAAUAUACGAGUGUUUACAUUAGUAAAUUUGAGUACUUACGAGAGUAAAACUUACAGGUGUAUCAUGUAAUAUACCGAUCUUAAUAUAAUCGCGCGUUAUUGCACUUGCUCAUUUCUAACUACCGAAAUUAAUAGGCAAUCUAUCCGUAAUCUGUCGAUAAAUUGCUUAGCUAUGUUGUUAACUGACAAAAGGCCAUAUAAUUAUGUGAGAAGUCAUUUAGUACGGACUAUACAAGAUUUGACAAAAACAACGUUUCUAAGUAACUUAUCGACGGAAUACACAUAUGAUUGAUUUUAUUAUUAUUCAUUUCGACCGUUAUUGAUAUGACAUUGAAUCCUUGCCUGAAUUUUAUUUAUACCUAUUUAUGACAAAAUUAAAAGAAGAAUAAAUGUACUAAGUGUAAGUAGAACAAUAUGACUAAUGGACUGUAGAUUUUAGAUUUGUACGGGUAAUUCUAUGAUGGGAAAUUAGUGUUGAGGUAGGUAAUUAUUGUUCUAAACAAUUCGUAUUCAUUCCUUUUUAUUAUGACUUAUGUUGCGACCAAUUAUUUAGAUUUUUGGCACUCAUUGAAGUUCUUAUAUACAUUCUAUUUGCGCAUUUAUUGAUUGAUUUUUUAGGAUUGAGACGAAGACGUCUAACUUAUUCCUCAUAACUCAAAGCUUUUCACAUAGGUAUCUCGAGAAUCGGGAGGCAUAGAGUGAGGAGUGUGUGUGAGACCCACCAAUAGUAACGCUACAUUUUCUAACCGAGCUCUGGUAGAAAAGUAUUAAGAAGCAAAGCUAUGAUUGGUAGGUUUCACGAACAUCCAUCGCAAUUUCAUUACUUAGGGCUGAUUUACACUGGAACGGCAGCGGCGCGGCGAGCACUUUCAUGUGAAAGAGUUUUAAACUUUAUCUAAAUAGUUUAAAGACCAGUAUCGCUUGACAAGCUCUAAAAGGUCACGCGGCAGAGUCGGCCGCCCUCGUCGCGUCGCUGCCGGUUCGGUAUGAAUUAGCCCUUAGUCGCGUUUCCAUCAAAAAAAAUUUGCCAGUGUUAUCUUUAAGACCUAUUUUAGCUACCUGCUGAAAUGUACGACAGGAACAACCCAGAAACGGCACUCAAUUUGGACGUACGUUUCAUUAUCGCGUUAUCGGUUCCACCUUAUUAAAGGUCGGAAAGGGAACAUGCUGUUAUUAAUUUAGAUCAGUGCGUCCAGAUUUGACGUGCCUACGAGGACCCUUAAAAAUAUUGUGUACCUAAUCGGUUUUUGAAUCUUAAUUAUUAUUGUCGAUACUCGAUUUGUAACGAUCUGAUAAAAUAAAUGUUUUUAAUGGCA